AUGUCUGCCACCGCUUCGACCGGUUCUCCAACCAUUCACCGAUCAGUUGCUAGUCGGAACGUCUCCCAGGAGAACGCUGGAUCCUCCGAGGAAAUGGCGGCUCGUAUUUCGGCAACAGCUCUUGGCUCCAACAAGCUUGGCAACCAGGUCGCUCCAAAGAUGAAGAUCAAUCACGACCCAUCCUCCUCAAAUGAAGUCAAUCCGAUGGAUAAGCUCCUUGCCAAGCUCUCCGAGCAACAAGCCGUCAUCAACAAGCAGCACGAAGCCCUUAAGUCCUCCGAAGACACGUCAUACACUCGUACCGCCGACCAUAUUGCAACUGCCAGCAACUCUGCCCCAAUCGCACCUGCUCCCGAGUCAUUCAACAAUAGCACGGCACCAACCACAAACCCUCCCAGCGUUACUGGCGAUGACAGUUCUACACAAAGCGUUGACGAAGUUGCUCGAUUGAAGGCCGAGCUUGAAGCUGCACGAGGCAGGAUUGCUCGCAUGGAUCAGGAGCUUGCUCAGACACGUAUCACCAAGCAUACCCUUGAUCAGGCUAUCGGAAACUCCUCUGAGGCCGACUACCCUCUCAAUCAUCAAGUCGACGACCGUCUCAAUCACCUCCCACCCACCCUCCGUCCUCAAGUUCAACGAGACAACUCUUGGGCUGGCCAAGAUGAUUCCCGCUCUGACACUAGUGAUGCACUCUCCGCUAGCGGUUUCAAUCGUGCUCGUGCCAUCUGGGGCAACGCUGGCAAGCCAGCUUUCCCUGGAGCCCAAGGUGCCUUCCAGCCAUCGGAGGCUCUCAAUGCAGCUCAAUGGAUGAACCGCAGCUUUGGUCAGCCAUUUGUCGAUGGUCCCAUGGCUUCCAUGCCGCCGAUGCCUUCCAUGCCAGCCAUGCCAUCGAUGCCAUACACUGGUCCCCCAAUGAACGCCUUCCGCAACAACGGUAUGAUGCAGGACCCUGAGCUCUUGAUGGCUCCUCCAGCCACUCGUCGUGGUCCAGUCGGUGGUCGCUUCAAUAACCGAAGCAGUGCUGGUUCCUUCCCGUACGCUAGCAGCAAUAGCUCGUUCGAUGGCUACACUCCGAGCACCACGCCUUUUGGCUCCGUUGCUGGUGUCAAUCACAUGGGUGGCCAAGUUGGUAUGGGGAUGAAUACUAGCAUGAACAUGGGUGCAAAUGCGUACGGUGGUUAUCAACCUCAGCCAAUUGGUACUCCCUUGUCUCCCCAUGCACCCGAGUUUACCUCUUCAAGUGCUGCGUCAUGGAAGAACGAUGCGGUUGCCACUGAGGGCCAAACCUACCUGCCAACCACUGAACCUCUCAACUACCGCCGCCUUCUUGAUCGCACUGUCAAUUGCAACUGGAAGUACAUUGUCGACAAGAUUGUUUGCAACAAUGAUCAGCAGGCAUCUAUCUUCCUUCAACAGAAGCUCAAGGUUGGCACCACAGAGCAAAAGUACGACAUUGUUGAAGCCAUCGUUGCUCAGGCAUAUCCGUUGAUGGUAAAUCGCUUCGGUAACUUCUUGGUUCAACGCUGCUUUGAGCAUGGCACUCCUGAACAAGUCAUCAAGAUUGCUGAAGCCAUCCGAGGCAACACCUUGAACCUUUCCAUGGAUGCAUUUGGCUGUCACGUCGUCCAGAAGGCAUUUGACUCUGUUCCAGAGGACUAUAAGGCCAUCAUGGUUCAUGAGCUACUUCGUCGUAUCCCGGAGACUGUCAUUCACCGCUAUGCUUGCCACGUCUGGCAGAAGCUUUUCGAGCUUCGCUGGACCGAGUCUCCACCUCAGAUUAUGAAGUAUGUCAACGAGGCUCUCCGUGGCAUGUGGCACGAGGUUGCUCUUGGUGAGACUGGUAGCUUGGUCGUUCAGAACAUCUUUGAGAACUGCCUCGAAGAGGACAAGCGCCCUUGCAUUGAGGAGGUCUUGGCAAGCAUUGACAUCGUUGCUCAUGGCCAAUUUGGAAACUGGUGCAUCCAGCACAUCUGCGAGCACGGUGCCCCAGCUGAUCGCAGCCGAGCCAUCGACCAUGUCAUCCGCUAUGCCUCUGAGUACAGCAUGGACCAGUUUGCGUCUAAGGUCGUUGAGAAGUGCCUCAAGAUUGGUGGUGUUGACUUCCUCAGUCGUUAUCUUGACCGUGUCUGUGAGGGUCGUCUCGAUCGUCCUCGCAUUCCAUUGAUCGACAUCGCCAGCGACCAGUACGGCAACUACCUCAUCCAAUACAUUCUCACUCACUCCAACCCUCAGCAUCGUGAGAUUGUUGCUCAGCAUAUCAGAAAGCACAUGGUCUCUCUCCGUGGAUCCAAGUUUGGCUCUCGAGUUGGCAUGCUCUGCACCAACCCGGCCAUCCAGACUCGCCCUGGCCCUGGUGUUGGUCCUGCUAUCGGUCUUCCAAACCCUCGCAUCGGUCCUCCACAGCCUCCUCGCUAUGGUGGUGCUUAUCGUUAA